AUGCCAGAGUCGCUACCCAAGACGCAACCUGAUCGUGAAGUCGACAUCGAAGUCGUUGCUGCUGGUCGAAAAGGUAACGUUCGGACAUCUGUCAUUUUUCCUUCGACUUCGACGAUAUACGGCAUCGCGAACACAUCAUUGGUCAGACUCGGCGUCCAGAAUCCCUACUCUCAACAAAUCCCUGGUCUCAUCGAAACUGGCAUCGACAGAAACUGGGCGGUGUCGUCGGUACUGGCCUACGUUUUCACAGAGGAACAGUUGAUGAAGUAUUUUGGGGCAGGUCUUUGA